AUGCCUCAGAUUUCCAACACACCGGAAUCUUUGCUUCCUCGCUCAGAUUCUAGAAAUCCAGCAACCACAUGUAGAGGCAUUACGGCUCAAGGCCGGCCCUGUCGCCGGGCCUUGGCGUCUUCACCAUCUCCAUCUCCAGCAUCCACUCCACGAAAGAGAGGUGCUCAACAUGAAAUACCAGACUUGGUCUCUCUGUACUGCUGGCAGCAUCAGGACCAAGCGGCAUCAUCGUCACCCACGAUAGUGAAUGACACCAUUGCACCGAUCAAGCCAAGAACCAGCAUUGACACGCUGAUGGACCGACUCGGCGUGCUAGAUCUCAAAGAUGAGAAAAAGCAAAAGCGGCGAACCCAGAGCGGGUUUGGUGAAAAACGCCGGCCUCGCCCGAAGAAGACAUUCUGUUGCUUCGAUAUUGCGGAUGAGAGUGGCGCAGAUCACCGUCCGGCUAGACCAGUACAAAAGCCUAUGCAGACUCGUCCGUCGCAGGCUACACCUACUUCGCAACAUCCGCACCAAAAAGUGUCUGCUGGACGUCCACAAAACGGGCGUGUCCCUUCAUCAGGACAGCAGGUAUCUUCCGCUUCACAGCCACAUUUGCGGCCUUCACAGCCCGAGCCAAGAAAAUCCUCAUCUGCGUCACAAACUCAGUCUCUAUUGUCAUGGAUUCCCUCAACACUCUCUCCACAGACAACCUCUUCAGUACUCACGGAACUAGCCAAGCCAAUCUCCAGUGCUGACGAAGAGGGCUAUAUCUAUAUGUUCUGGGUAACGCCGCCGACUACAACAACGCGCAGUGACACAGAAGCCUCAGUACCAAGAGAAAUCGCUUCAUCACUGCUCCCAGGACCAACAGGAAGCAACAAUCUCCGUCCACCAAUUCAGCCUCGUAGUGUAAGCGACGCCAUAAAUGCUGCACGAGACAUCAAUGCUCUGACCACAAACCCAACAUCCACCACGCCAGGUACGAUCCGUCUGAAAAUUGGACGCACAAGUAACGUGCACCGCCGCAUGAAUGAAUGGACUCGCCAAUGCUCCUACGAUCUGACCUUGAUUCGGUACUAUCCUUACACACCAUCUUCAUCUGCGUCGUCUUCCCCAGCUAGGGUGCCAGUAUCUAAGCAAGCAGGCCGCAGUAAUGGUUCUGAUGCCGUUCUAGUACCGGGUAGAAAGGUCCCGCAUGUGCAUCGUGUGGAGCGCUUGAUUCAUCUUGAGUUGGCAGAUAUUCGGCUGCGUGACCUUGGUCAAUGUCCGGAGUGUGGUAGAGAGCAUCGGGAGUGGUUUGAGGUAGAAGCUAAGAAGGAAGCGCUGCGGAAGGUAGACGAGUGUGUGCGGCGGUGGAUUUCGUGGGCUGAAUCUGUGAAUUGA